AUGCAGCAGACCACGAGGCCAUUGACCCAACACCGUCCAUCUCUGUCCACCGUCUCCUCUUCCGGACUUGCUACACGACAAUCCCACUCGCGUACCAACUCGCACUCCAUUCUCGGCGGCGCUCUCAAUGCCAACCACCGCGUCACCCGCCGCAAGUCCAUGACCAACACCGCCGCGAACGCGGCCGCCAUGGCAGCGGCAAUCAAAGAAAUCGGCGGUGACAACGUCACGCCCAUUGCCGUCAGCUCCCGCCGUAACACGGCGUCAAAGAGUGCUGCCGCUCGCGCUGCAAUUGUCGGGAGCCUACCCUCCCCUCCCGCAAGUUUGCCAACGCAGAAGUUCCACCUAGAAGGCAAGAUGAACGUCCACGAGAGCGCCAUUGAGGACGAUCCGAACAACGGGUCGGCAGACGAGGGCGAGCACAAUGCUCAGAAGGCUCGUAUCCGUCGCGCCAGCGACGGCCAACCCCUCAUCAAGGAGGGCAGCCGAAAGUUCAACCGCGUUGAGCUCAAGUGCGAGACUUGUGGAAAGGGUUACAAGCACAGCAGUUGCCUUACCAAGCAUUUGUGGGAACACACUCCCGAGUGGUCUCUGACUUCCAAGCUUCUUAUUUCCAAGCACCAACAAGUCCAACUUCUUGAAGCUGCUUCGGUCUUGUUGACGAUGAACCAUGGCAAGGAGGACGGCGGCGCGGCCACGCCUCCGGAUUCCGCCAGGGACUUCCCCAGUGACCAAGAAGAGUCGGCCUCCCCUGCUGCUUCCGGAUACUCGGACGAGCGACACAGCUCUGCCGACACCACCCCGCCGCCCCAGCUCGAAGGUUUCGCGUCGUCGGAUCGUACGUUCUCAAAGCGGUUUGGAUCUGGGGGCGGGUUCGGUCGGUCGUAUCAAUCGGCACCAUCCACCAAUCCCCUCGUGACAGGCAGCAUGCCGCACGGUAGGGGAUUCUCAUCACACUUUCGUCAACCUAGCCUAGACCAAAGGCCGCCAUCGUCCGGAAGAAAUGCCACAGGGCAAGAAGAUCGUGACCUGGCCGCCGCGGUCGAGCUUCUCAGCUGCAGCUUCAACAGCAACAGUGGUCGGACCGUGCAACUUCCUGCCGACGCCCCGCCCGUGCCCCCGCUACCUGCGCAGUAUCUUGAUCAAGCGGCAUCUUUCUCGAGUGCAGGGUUCAGCGCCAGUUUCAGCGCCGGUUUCCUCAACAGCUUCCCCAGCAGACAACCAGAGAGCUUCACACGAGGCGAGGUUCGCAAUGUUGAAGUCAAAAUGGAAGAGAGCGAUAGCGUCAUGGAUGACGACGACUUUGACAUUCGAUCUCGGUCUCGGAGCGACGAAGACGACGACGGCGUCUUCGGACGGAUGGAAGAGUAG